UCAUUUAGAGAUUUUUGAGACAACAGAUCUCAAAAAUCAUUCAGAGAUUUUUGCUAGUUUGAAAAACCCUAAACCUAAAUUUCUCUUCUCUUCCGAUAAUGGUUAAAACAAGAAAAAUCACAAGAACAAUCCAAGAAGAAGAAACAAUAAUGGAUGAUAGCACUGCUCCUAGAACAUCAGAAGACGAUUCAAGAAUUUCAAGACGAAAAUCAAAGAGAAAAAAGAGUAAAAAGGUUGAAACACCGAAAUCGAAGAAAAAAGGUAAGGUUGUGCCAAAAUCUGUUAGGAAGUUGUAUAGGUCUGGUUUCACAGCAUUACAUAGCCUGGUUGCCAGAAUGAAGGCGAGUAAAUAUACUUUGAGUGAAGCCACAUUGGAAAAGAUAGCCGAAUCUUCUUAUGGACAGAUGUUUUUGAUGUUCUGGCACACUAAGUACUCAGAAAGUCAUUGGGAAAAGUUGGAAGCUGCAGUGAAAAAGUACUUGAAGUGUUACAAAAGGGGUCGAGUCAAGAAUGAGCUCACAUUUGAGUUUGUUAGAAGAGGUGAAACACACAUUAUCACGUCGACACCAGAAAAAAUGGGUGUAAUGUUUGGAAUUCCAAGAAUGGCAGGAAGAAGAACUGAUGACACCUUUUUGAUGGUAGGUGGUGGAUGGAGGCAGAAACCAUUCUACAUUAGACACUUUGGUGAUAGCAACACGGUUACAAGACCAAUGCUACAAGAUGCCAUCUUGAAACUGCUCAAGCGUACUGGUAUCAAGAAUUGUAAAUUUGAAGGUGGCGAAGACAGUGAUGAUGACAAUGAUGAACAAAUGCUCAUAAACUCAAAGAAAAGUACUUUGGUUUAG